AUCUCAGGACUCACAGGCAGGCAUAACACAUCUCAUCUCCAAGCCAAUUCUCUCUGUCUCUUCUCUCUCUCUCUCUCUCUCCCUCGCUUUCUCUCUCUUCUCUAUACGCUAUUAGGUUUCUCCGUGGCCAGCGGUUUGGGGUUUUCCGCAUUUCAACAAGUGGAUAAUAAUUUUGAUUUGUUUGAAUUUCAGUGGGAUGAGUGAAUCCAAAGCAGUGGCAGAGAUGAAAAUGAGUGAACCAAAACAAGAGGAGGGAUCUUCAAGAAAACUGCCUGAUUUCAAACAGUCUGUGAAAUUGAAGUAUGUGAAACUUGGAUACCACUACCUUAUCACCCAUGGGAUGUACCUAUUUUUGUCCCCCCUUGUUGUGGUCAUUGCUGCUCAACUCUCUACCUUCUCCCUGGAAGAUGUUUAUGUUUUGUGGGAUCAUCUUAGAUUCAAUCUCAUUUCUGUCAUCAUUUGCUCCACCCUUUUGGUGUUCUUGUCCACCCUUUAUUUCCUCACUCGUCCCCGCCCUGUGUACCUUGUGGAUUUCUCUUGCUACAAGCCAGAGGAGGCUAGGAAGUGCACAAGGCAGAUUUUCAUGGAGAGGUCCGGGUUGACUGGGACGUUCUCUGAGGAGAACCUCAGGUUUCAAAAGAAGAUUCUUGAGAGGUCGGGUCUUGGUGAAUCGACUUAUCUUCCUGAAGCUGUGUUAAGAGUGCCACCUAAUCCUUGCAUGGCAGAAGCACGAAAAGAAGCCGAGACUGUGAUGUUUGGAGCUAUUGAUGAGCUCCUUGCGAAAACUUGUAUUAAGCCAAAAGACAUUGGGAUAUUAGUCGUGAAUUGCAGCUUGUUUAAUCCGACCCCUUCUUUGUCUGCGAUGAUUGUGAACCACUACAAGCUUCGUGGAAACAUUGUUAGUUAUAAUCUUGGUGGAAUGGGUUGUAGUGCUGGUUUGAUCUCCAUUGACCUUGCCAAAGAUCUCCUUCAAGUCCAUCCCAAUACUUACGCCUUGGUGCUCAGCAUGGAAAACAUCACAUUGAACUGGUAUUUCGGGAAUGAGAAAUCAAUGCUGCUUCCAAACUGCUUAUUCCGGAUGGGAGGGGCUGCGAUUUUGCUUUCAAACAAAAGGUCCGAUCGAAGACGAUCCAAAUACCAGUUGGUCCAUACGGUUAGAACCCACAAAGGCUCCGAUGACAAAUGCUUUUCUUGCAUUACCCAGUUGGAGGAUGCGAAUGGGAAGGUGGGAGUUUCUCUGUCGAAGGAACUGAUGGCAGUUGCCGGUGAUGCUCUCAAGACCAAUAUCACUACACUGGGUCCUCUCGUGCUUCCCAUGUCCGAGCAGUUGCUUUUCUUUGCCACAUUGGUUGGUAGAAAAAUCUUCAAAAUGAAGAUUAAGCCAUACAUACCAGAUUUUAAGUUGGCAUUCGAGCACUUCUGCAUUCAUGCUGGUGGAAGGGCAGUGCUGGAUGAAUUGGAGAAAAACUUGCAGCUCUCCGAUUGGCACAUGGAACCUUCAAGGAUGACACUCUACCGAUUCGGAAACACCUCGAGUAGCUCACUUUGGUACGAAUUAUCCUACUCAGAAUCCAAGGGAAGGAUUAGGAAGGGCGACAGAACUUGGCAGAUAGCAUUCGGCUCUGGGUUCAAGUGUAAUAGUGCAGUUUGGAAAGCUUUAAGGACUAUCAACCCCGCUAAGGAGAAAAAUCCAUGGAUGGAUGAAAUUCACAACUUCCCGGUGGAAGUUCCAAAAGUCGCCAAAUUGUAAUAGUAUUAUUAGUCAUUCUUUGAUGGUUGUUGUGACUUGUGAGAGGCUCCCGUGGGGGGAUCAUGGCCCGACGUUCUGUUUCUGCUUCAGAAUUCCUGAUUCCCCUUAGCCUUAGGGGCAUUAACUUGUUAGUAGGUUGGGAUUAAGUGGUUAUUUUACUUAAUUUUUCCAAUUUUUAUGUUGUACUAUCUUAUUGAUUCAUAUGCUCUUUGGAACUGGAAUCCGGUUGUUGGAUGGAAAUUGGUUUUUUUUUUUUUU